GACGCAAGGUGCGAGAAACAGUUCCGUAUAUAAAUAUUGGUGUUACACGUUGUUGGAUUUAGUUAGUGUUGAAUAUUUACAGACUAAUACUUCAAAAAUACUCAACGAAAAUGGUUCUCGAUAUUGAACAGUUUCGAUCAGAAAAGGGUGGAGAUCCUGCUAAAAUCAAGGAGAACCAGUCCAAAAGAUUCAAAGAUGUUACAUUGGUUGAUCAAGUUGUGGAAAAAGAUGUUCUGUGGCGUCAACUACGGUUCAAAGCUGAUGAAUAUAACAAAAUAAAGAAUGCCUGCAGUAAAGUUAUAGGUGAAAAGAUGAAGAAGAAAGAAGCAGUUGGAGAUAAUGACAAUUUGCCUGCUGAAAUUGCAGACAACAUCACUGAUUUGACAGCUGAUAAGUUAAAAGAAUUGACAGUUACACAAAUCAAGAAAAUUCGACUGCUAAUUGAUGAUUUGAUGAAGAAGAAUGAUGCAGAGAUGAACGAGGCUCAAACAUUAAGAAAUGAAACAAUGAGAGAAAUCGGGAACAUGUUACAUGAGUCAGUUAUUGUCAGCAAUAAUGAAGAUGAGAAUGGAAUUGAAAAGACUUUUGGAGAUAUUGAAUCAAGAAAGAAAUACUCUCAUGUUGAUUUGGUAGUCAUGGUAGAUGGUGUUGAUACUGAAAGAGGCUGUGUAGCUGCUGGAGGAAGAGGCUACUUUUUAAAGGGACCACUUGUAUUCUUGGAACAAGCUUUGAUUAACCAUGCAUUGACCUCCUUAUAUAAUAAUGGUUAUGAACCACUUUAUACUCCCUUCUUCAUGAGGAAAGAGGUCAUGCAAGAAGUUGCUCAAUUGUCUCAGUUUGAUGAAGAAUUAUAUAAAGUUUUAGGGAAAGGAAGUGAAAACAAAGAUGACGGAAGCAUUGAUGAGAAAUACUUAAUUGCUACUUCUGAACAACCCAUUGCUGCUUUUCACCGAGAUGAAUGGAUUCCCACCGAAUCAUUACCAUUAAAAUAUGCUGGUUAUUCAACAUGCUUCAGACAAGAAGUUGGCUCCCAUGGUAGGGAUACACGGGGUAUUUUCCGUGUACAUCAGUUUGAGAAGGUGGAACAGUUCUGUAUUACUUCACCACAUGACAACAUAUCCUGGGAGAUGUUUGAUCACAUGAUCGAGAAUGCCGAGGAGUUCGUCAAAUCUCUGGGAAUUCCCUACAGAGUCGUUAAUAUUGUGUCUGGUGAAUUAAAUAAUGCUGCAGCUAAGAAGUUGGAUUUGGAGGCAUGGUUUCCAGGCUCUGGUGCCUUCAGAGAAUUAGUAUCAUGUUCAAACUGCACUGACUACCAAGCUAGAAGAUUACGUGUUCGUUAUGGACAGACAAAGAAAAUGAAUCAAGAAGUAGAUUAUGUACAUAUGUUGAAUGCUACAAUGUGUGCAACUACUCGAGUGAUCUGUGCUAUACUUGAAAAUUUCCAAACAGAAGAUGGUGUGGUAGUUCCAGAAAUCUUACGGAAGUUCAUGCCAGAAAAAAUUAAAGAAAAGAUUCCAUUUUUGAAACCUGCACCAAUAGAUGAACAAGAAUUGAAGAAACAGAAGAAAAAUAAAGAAAAUAUUGGAGAUGGAGUAACGAAAAUGACAAUUAAUUAAUGUGAUAGUAUUAUAGUAAGCUUUAUUAAGGUGUAACCCUAGUAAUUAUCAAUCAACAGUUUGAAUAUGAAUUGUUAGUCUUCAUCAAUGUUCUUUCAAAAACUUUCAGUAAAAAGUGUUUCUCAAAUUUCAGUGGAAUUGCUCAAAAUAGUCAAUGAAUGGUGCAGAUUUUGUUAUUUCGUCAGGAUAUCUCUCAUUGAAUUCAACAAACAGUUUAAAUUGUUAUGUUAAAUUGACACUUUGGAUUGAUAAAAGUGAACUAAAUUAUACAGUUCUAUUGUAUUUUUACAUUAUACUAGUAUACUGUAGUUUCCAAAAGUGCUGCUUACAUAAUAUUUAUUUAUUUAAUUUACCUACAAAGUUUCGAUAGUUAAGCUCAUUUGAAAAACUAAAAAUAGGCAUUGCAAAUCUUUUAGAAUUUUGAAAUGAAUAUUAUGCUUCAUACGCUUUAAAUAAACAAUGCUCUAUAUUAUAAAUUUCUAUUGAUUUUUGUUAAUUUAUAAAUAGUCAUUUUUUUAUGACCUAUAAAAACUGCUUAUGCUUUUAAAUGUUUCCUUAGCAUUGUAUUUUAUAUGAAAUGUAUUAGGAAUAACAGUGCUGACAUAUAGAAAACAAUACAACAACAAAAUAAACAGGAAUAUAUUCUGAUUUCACACACUUCUUUGACAACAAAGUGCCCUAACAUUUAUACCACAAUAACUUCUUUGUGUUUUUUGUUUUGUUUUUUUAUAUGUGCUCUAAAUGUUGUUAAAAUCUUUACUAGUGUUUUCUAAUUGAAUAGCCUUAAUUGUUUCCAUUGAACUGUCACUUAUGAAAAUAGCUAAACAAUCAGUUGUUAAGAUUAAAAUUGUUUUCCAUACAAUUAUUUUGAAAAUUGAGUAACUUAUAUAAUAAAAUUAAAGUUGUAACUAUUUAUUUCUGAAUAAAAUGAGAUUUGGAUUUUGAAAGUAUAAUUUUGAAAUACUUUUGUCACACUUAUUAGUUGUAAUAGACGUGAUAAAUAUUCAUUGAGCUAUUUGUUUUCCAUCUGUACUAUUUAUGAAAAUAUAAUUAAGUUGGCCAGUG